AUGUUCGCACGCACACUUUCAGUGCUCUCCUUUUUCUAUUGUUUCUACUAUUUAUAUGGGCUCGACUGUCCAUCCGAUCGAACAACCGCUGAGCAUGCCGAAGCGCAACUCCAUAAUGAUUUAUUUUGUGCUUACGACUACUCAUACCGCCCGGUAAAAGAUCACAGAAGUGCAGUCAACAUUUCAGUUCGAUUUGCAAUAAAAUACAUAAGCUUCGAUCCAUUAGAAGAAACAUUUAGUGUUCAUAGUUGGGUCGCGAUGAAGUGGAAAGACGAAUUCCUAAGUUGGGAUCCCACCAAAUACGCCAAUAUUACUGAAAUGCAAGUAGAAAGUCAUCUCCUUUGGACACCGAAGAUGUCCCUUUUUAACGCAGACGCGUCAUUAUAUCAGUCUGAGGAUAUUUACACGACUUGUUUAUUAGACAGCAAUGGGACAGUGACUUGUGUUCCACAUGUUCCACACUCAGGAAUAUGUCGUACGUCGUUGAAAUACUGGCCAUACGAUAAACAAAACUGUACAUUGUUUUUCGGAUCCUGGAUGCAUACAGGCGAACAGGUAAAUUUCACAUUCUUCAAAUCCCGGCCUGUCAUAUUGGAUGACUAUCUAAAUGGACCAGGAUGGAAAUUAUUGACUGUAGUACCCGAACGACUACCAGGGCAUUAUAAGUGCUGUCCUAACGUUACGUAUCCUAUGCUCAAAUAUGUGUUUACAUUGAAAAGAGAGUCGGCGGGGCCCGCCGCCAUCGUAGUCGUGCCAUCUGUUGUGAUUGUGAUCAUCACAACUAUUUCCCUGUUAUUGGACGUUAAAGAUGUUAGUAGACUUGCAUUGCAGUGCUUUUCUUUGUUCGGACAUUUUAUUUUUCUAACCGAAAUAGGAUAUGAUAUACCUAAGCAUAGUGCGGACACACCCAUUAUUCUUCUGUUUAUUAGAGAUUCAAUGAUCAUGUGUUUAGUAUCGAUAUUGAUGACUUUAUUGCUGUCAUCGCUGAGGAAACGCUUGGAGCCGGCGCCGAUGUGGAUGGUGUCUAUAACGAGACUCGUCACAAGCGGUCCAGGAAAAUACGUUGUGUUCACGGAGUUCGAUGCUAGCGACACCAGUGAUAAAAAGACUUUGACUGAAAAUGAUGUGAACGAAGACAGCUCCCGCAAGACGUCUGAAUGGAUUAUGUUCGCCAAUAUUGUAAACAGUGUCGUGUUCAUCAUUUUUGUACUCGUAUAUGUGAUAUUACUCUGCGUUUAUAUCCCAAAGGACUCCUAA